CGACAAAACGAUGCUGCAGAUAAGUCAAAAACGUUCAUAUGGCCGGACAAAGCGGUCCUUUUAUUAAUUGAAAUGUAUAGAGAAAAGGAGGUAGAGUUCUCAAGUGGUUUCAAAUGCAGUAACAAAAUUUGGGUGGAAAUAGCCGCUGAAAUGAAUGAAACCAAUCCAAUCUACGACAUAACAGCAAUGGAUUCAUUAUUUGGCGACAAAGCUUCUAUUAGGCCUCCUGCGAUUGCCUCAAGUGAAGGUCCAUUGAAUCCAAAUCAGGAAGAAUCGUCGUCAGAAAAAAUUGUAUCCUCUCAUUUGCAAAGUCUGCCGAGAAAGAGACAACGAAUUGAAAAUGUUAUAGAAACGUUUUUGAAUAAAAUUGAGACAGAAAAAGAAGAAAGAAAAGAAGAAAUGAAAAAAAGAGAAAUAGAGAAAGAUAAGAUACGCGAAGAAAAUAAAAAAGAACGUGAAAAAAGGCAUAAUGAGCAAAUGGCUGUACAGAAAUCAUUAGUCUCCAUAUUGCAACAAUUUCUUACUAAAAUGUAGUUCUACUCUUCUGUGUUUCUAAAGUCCAGUCUACAUUGCGUAAGCGUAGUGAUUGUAAUUGUAAGAAUUGAUCAAUAUCAAUCGAAUAUGAGGAUAAUAUUCGACUGUGGUUGGUCAAUUCAUACAAUUACAAUCAAUUCAUACAGAAAAGAAUGCCCACGAAUUUUUAUUUUUCCCGCUCUUUUUGUUUAGAUCUACAAUAUUUUUUAUGUCCACUUCAGGCCAGACAUUUUAGAAGAACAU